CUUGGCUAAGUAUAGCGGAUAAGCGGGGCAGAUCAGCGUCAUUGGGCAGCGGCUCCCGGCGCAGUUGCAGGGAUGGGCGUACAGCCUCAUGGGAGACGCGUAUCCGGUUGACCAGCCAUAACAUGUCCACGCCGCCGCCGUACAUCCGCUAACCUGCCAGCUCAUCGUUCGUUCCAGGCACCUGGUCAUCUCACAAACCACACGCAGUAUUCAGACGGGUAUACUAUGACGCAAUGCUAGACGAGAAUCUCCCCACCUUCUUUCUCAAGGCCUCGACCGACAAGCUCAAGCACCACGAAUCCUUCUACUUCACCCAGAACGGCUCCGAGCCCGAGGCGCAAUAUGCCCUCCACCACGUCGACCCAGCCUCCAACGAUGCGAAGAACACAUACGCCGUAGCCUUGUUCGACUCGCGCAACCCCGAGGUUCUGUACGGCGAAGUGCUUGCGAAGCCAGGAUGGUCGCACCCAACCCUCUCGCAGGAGGAGAUUCGCAGGAAUGGCGGAGUGCCGCCCCCGCCACAGCCCAUCUACCCCACCGAGUUCGCGAUUCAGCUGUACAACCCCGAUUCACGCGUUGUCGUUAAGCACUCGACAGCAAAAUGGAGCAGCACCGUGAGCUGGGAGUUCAGCAUACCCCAGGUGACCUUCAGGACCCCGAGUAACUCGACUCUCGAUCGUAGCCUUGCGGACCCCGGCAGCGAUGCGAACACGCCCAAAGUCAACUUUGCCUGGCGAAAGGAGGGCAGGCUGGGCAAAGAUAUGACAUGCUACAUGACGGGCAAAUCAACCGACCCCACUGGCAAGAAGGUCAAGAAGAGCAAGGAGCCGGAUAUUGCCGUUGCCUUGUUCUCUGGCCUGAAGGAGCUUACAAUCAUGGAGUCCAACCUCUAUCGCGUCGAGAUUGAGGACUACAAGGGACUGGAGGUUGCCUUGCUCAUCGGAGCCGCUGUAAUACGCGAUCUUUUCUUCAGCGAUCUGAAUGAACAGUUCCACAUCAAUGCCAACAUCCGAAAGAACAGCGCGGGAGUGCGCGCGAGGAAGGGCUCAUCACCGCUCGAAGGCCCGAACAUCACAGCGCCAGUCAUGACACCACAGCCUCCUCCCCCACCAGCCUACACCCCUUCCUCAUCACAAUACCCACCCGAGAAGGUUGCCCUCCAGCCUGCCGGCGGUGCUGGUGCAAACGCACAAGUACCUCCACCUUCAUAUACCAGCAACAACAAUGCCGCCAAGCGCUCUUCGCUUCCUCCGUUAGCUACGAACCAGGCCCGUCCAAGCCAGCCUCCACAACCCGUUCAGCCUCAGCGACCCGUUCAGCAGCAGCGCCCGCCCCAACCGCAGCGCCCAACACAACAACGGCAGCCGGGGCCAAGGUUAGAUCCACGAGCGCAAUGGGAGCUUGACGCUGAGACUGCGCGAUUGAAGGCACAAGUAGAGGCUGAGGCACGCGAGCAGAAGCGCCAAGAAGAAGCAAACCGAAAAGCUCGGCGCAGGCAGGAAGAGGAACAAGAACGCAAGACGCUGCAGUUCCUCGAGCAGGAGCGAAAGCAGAAGGAACGCGAGGAGAAGGAGCGACGCCGGAAGCAGGCUGAGAUCGACAAGGAGACAGAACGCUUGAAGAAGCAGUUCGGAGACCAAUCCAACCUCCUCCAGCGCCCAUCCCCACAACCUCAGCGACAUUCCGCACCGCUCGUACAGGGAGGAUGGCAGAAUCAACGCCCCAGUCCAGCGCCCCGUCCUGCACCUGUUCCUGCACAACCCCCGCGCAUGCAGCACCCGCAAGGUGUAUACCUGCAAGCACCUGUACAACAUCGGCCCGCUGCUAGUCAGAGCAGCUUCUUCAGCAACGGACUGCCGAAGCCUGUAGCCAAGGCAAAGAAGAGUUUCUGGGGCUUGAGAACACAAAGCGAGAACAAUGUGGAGAAGAUCAAGAAGAAGAAAAGUAGUAUGUUUUGAUGAAUGGUUCUUUGGCGUUUGGGUCAUGGCAUUGGGUGUGGCAUUGGGUGUGGCAUUGGGUAUGGAGUUUUUGAUUAGUGAGUCUUUAUGAUACCAGACCCUGCAAUUCAGUCAUGUUCCUCUACGAGCUUCUUGUUCUCUAUGCGUGUUUUUGUUGAUCUGCAGUACCUAGAUGCCACAUGCAUCAUUCUGAGCUUUGCCCUAUUGGUGCUAGCGUUCCCGCGACUCCUACAUUACUACCGUCUCACGGCAUG